AUGCAGCCACGCAUGGAUUAUGACGAUGCGGGCUGGGAAAAGAGCGACGAAAUCUGCGAUACUUGGGUGCAUCGGUUUUUCGACACCGAAAUCUCAAGGCCGAUUGGACACUUUAUCCUCCGAUACCACAAGCCAGAUGAAGCCGUCCAAUUCGAGAUAUUGGAAAAGGGCGGAUACAAUAUAUCCCUUCAAAUGACAUAUUUUUCCGGUACCGCUGCGGUCAUCCGUUUUCCCAUGCCUGGUGCCGUCAUGUUUCCGGAAGAAAAAGUUCGAUCUGAGGUCGCCAUUAUGCGGUACCUUUAUGAUCAGACCUCGAUCCCUGUACCAUUUGUUUACCAUUGGGGCCCCAAAGAAAGCUGUCCUUUGGAAGUGGGUCCUUAUAUCAUUAUGGAAUACAUAACGCAUGACUCAAGCAUGUACAAAUUGCUCAAUUUCCCUGGGUGCCCGGUUAGCGAUCGGGGAAGGCUUGACCCUGAUAUCGACGAGAACACUCUUGAAGCUCUAUAUACGGAGAUGGCCAAUGUUCUUUUGCAGUUAUCGAAACCAUCCUUCUCACGGAUAGGCUCUUUGACUCAGAUUGAUGACUUUACCUGGGAAGUGGAAAAUCGUCCCCUGUCGAUGGGCGCCAAUGAACUUGUUCGAGUGGGGUCUCUACCUCAAUCAUGCCUACCAAAGAAAGCAUUUGACUCGACGUCCUCCUACUUCGAAGCUCUUGCGGACCUUCAUAUUGCUCAUCUCAAACACCAGCGAAAUGACGCGAUUGAUUCUGCAGAUGAUUGUCGACGAAAGUUUACUGCCAGACGUCUUUUCCGCAAAUUAGCUCGUGAAAAUAAGCUCACAAAGCGAUGGGCGGCGUUUGACAAAGGUCCCUUCAAGAUCUGGGGUGAUGACUUCCGACCAAGCAACGUUCUUAUGAACAAAAUGAAGAUUGCGAGUAUCGUGGACUUCGAGUUCACAUAUACGGCUCCAAUCGAAUUCCUCUACUCGCCACCUUGGUGGCUCCUCAUCGAGAAGCCCGAGUACUGGCCAGAUGGUCUUGAAGAUUGGACACAAAUCUUUAGUCGCCGCCUUCCGACAUUCCUGAAGGGGAUGAUCAAAUGCGAAGAUGCUGCAAUCAAGAAAGGUCGGCUGACGGAGAACGAACGGCUCUCCACCCCCAUGCAGGAGAGUUGGGAGAGUGGCGAUUUCUGGACUACAUACGCUGCGCGAAACAGUUUUGCCUUUGAUUCAAUAUAUUGGGAGAAGAUUGACCAGCGCUUCUUUGGGCCUGUGGAGAGUACUAGUAUCGAGGAUGCGUGGAAGGAGAGACUUUGUCUUUUGAGUGACGAAGAGAGGGAUGAGAUGGAGCAGCUUGUUAGCCAAAAGCUACAAGAGAUGGAAAGCAGGGUUUUGGCUUGGGAUCCAGAUGAGUACACCAAGUCUCAUAUAGAUAUUGCGAAAACAUAUGCCGCCGAGCAAAGCGGAAAAGAAGCUAAGGAGAGCAAGGAGGGGGGUGAAGUGGACAGUCUUGGGUCGGGCACAGAUGGAGAUGUUGAAAUUGAGAACAUUCAAGGAAAGCUGGAUGACCCUGAUGAUCAGCAGAUAUCUGAGAUGCUGGCACAACUUUCAACUUGA